AUGCAUGUUUGGUCCUUUGAAAUAGGUCUUUUGGAGCAUUCUGGAGCAUAUGGGACACAAGGAGCAUGGAGGGACUUGGCACAUGGAAGCAGCUCAACUGGAUACGCAAAGGAAGAAGGGAGAAGCCAUCUUGAAGACCAGCUCGACCGUCCACUCGACCAACCGGUCGAGUUCCUCAACUCGACCGGCCAAGCUUCAACUCGAUCGAGCUGGGGAGUCAAAGUCAAACCCGAAAAAUGUUGCUUCCCCCUUGACUUCCCUUUGACCCUAAACCUAAUCCUCUUUGUAUUUAAGGGCUCUUAG